UUACAAAUUGACUCGAGUUUAUGAGUUCUCUGCCGGCAACAAUCAAAAAAGCGCAAAAAUAAAAACAAUGUGUAGAACAAAUAACACACGAUAAGAAGUUAAAAAUAAAAAUUUUGUAUCAGUAAAAUUGGAUAAAUUUUGAGAAGUUGAUUUGAAUUGAAUAGAUUUUAACAAAAGUUUAUAUCUAAAAUAUAUAAACAUAUUUAUUUGGUUUAAUGAAACUACUGAAACCAAGCUGGGUACAUCAUGACGAUAAACCAAUAUUCUCCGUCGAUGUACACCAGGAAUGCCUCAAAUUUGCCACUGGUGGCCAAGGACUGGAUUCAGGGCGUGUCGUGAUAUGGAAUUUACUGCCGGUAUUAUCAGAAAAGAUUGAGCAGGAUGAAAGCGUACCAAAGAUGCUUUGCCAAUUGGACAAUCAUUUGGCUUGCGUAAAUUGCGUACGUUGGUCACCAAAUGGGCAAAUGCUAGCGUCUGGUUCAGAUGACAAAUUAGUUAUGAUUUGGAAAAUGUCCAAGGGACCCAGUGGAGUGUUUGGUAGUGGUGGUCUUCAAAAAAAUGCGGAAUCAUGGAAAUGUGCCGCAACUCUCCGCGCACAUUCAGGCGAUGUUCUAGACUUGGCCUGGUCACCUAAUGAACGAUGGUUAGCAAGUUGCAGUAUUGACAACACCAUUAUAAUCUGGGAUGUACAGUCAUUUCCCAAUAUGGUUACUACCUUACGUGGACAUUCUGGUUUGGUGAAAGGCGUUGCUUGGGACCCACUAGGCAAAUUUUUGGCAUCACAAAGUGAUGAUCGCAGUGUUAAAAUGUGGAAGACAAGUGAUUGGAGUUGCAGUAGCACCAUCACUGAGCCAUUUAAAGGUUGCGGUGGUACGACUCACAUACUACGACUAUCUUGGUCCCCAGACGGUUUAUAUUUGGUGUCGGCACAUGCUAUGAACGGAGGUGGUCCCACAGCACGCAUUAUUGAACGCGAAGGAUGGAAAUGCGACAAGGAUUUUGUAGGGCACAGAAAAGCCGUAACAUGUGUUCGGUUUCAUGAUACGGUCUUAACACGACAAGCGUCCAACGCAGACCGAAAACUACAGUACUGUUGCAUGGCGAUGGGAUCAAGAGAUCGUUCGUUGUCAGUAUGGAUGACAGCUCUUAAUCGCCCUUUGGUAGUUAUACAUGAUUUAUUUAGCGACAGUAUUUUAGAUCUUUCUUGGGGCCCAGCCAAGUGCAUUCUCAUGGCAUGUAGCGGAGAUGGAACAGUUGCUUGCUUACAAUUUUCUGAAAGUGAAUUGGGCACACCAGUCUCAGACGAAGAAAAGAAUUCAUUGUUCCAAAAAACAUAUGGCAAAAGCGUAACUAUUGAGAAUGGAUCCACAGGUACAGCAGACAUACUCAUUGAAAAUCCAGAACUUCUCAGGGAUGCGCACGAAAAGCCUAAAGCUCCUACACUGCCUACAGCAAACCCCACCAGCAAUACUCCUAUCACAUCUCAACCAACAGUGCCAAUUGGAGCUUCAAACGGACUUAAUGAUUCAAUGGCUCCUGCUUUGUGUGUAAGCGGAGGCGAAGAAGCAACCACUAACUUUAAUGCACUUAGAAAACAAACAGAAACACGAACUGCAGACGGCAAACGUCGUAUUACCCCAGUUUUUGUAGCACUUAGUCAAGAUGUCUCUGAAUCAAAAAGCGAACACGACACUCCUUCGCAAUCAUCAAAAUCUUGGAAUUCGAACAAUUCAUUAACAACACCAGCAGAGGUAGCAUCUAGCGAAAUGAAUCCAUCUCAAAUGGACGCGUUUGCGAAGCCUAUGAUAACCGAAGCGCAAGAAAUCUGUUUGGAUGCGAGGCUUAUUAAAACUACAUUAUCGGCUGCUAAAUUGCAGCCACUGAAGGCCGAAAAUAGUUCAGUAAAGACUUUUCCGCUCAUUGUUACUACAAAACCAUCUGCAAACUCGAAUACUGGUACAUCAACUGUAACUUCUAAUCCAUUACUCACAGGCGUUAAGCCAUAUCAAGCCUCCACAACUGGUCCCAAAUUGGUUAUAAAUCUAAACACAAAAUGUGAAUUUCAAAAAACUGCCUUAGACCACAGAGUUCAUGUUCACAAUGGCUACCUAAGUGCUGGCAGUGGCCUACUAGCCAAAGUUACUGGUUACAAUAUAGUCAGACCAACACAAAUAGAGAAACUUUGGGAAAUUUUAGUAGGUUCGCCAAUUGUCAAUUUGAAUUUCUGCCAUAAAUACGCUAUGUUAUGCAGUUUGGAUGGGACAUUACGCUUAGUUGGUAUGGACACAGGUAAAGCAAAACUUCCUGUCAUAAGUUUAAGCACAGCGGCAGUGCAGUGUGCCUUUUGUCCCAGCAGUCGCUUAGUUGGUGUUGUGACAGAUUGUGGCAUUUUGAGAAUUUGGCACAUUGAGGAACGACGAAUUUUUUUAGCAGUGACUUGCCAUGAAAUCGGAGGAAAACUCGGUACCGUUGUACAAUUUGUAAUCACGGAGGACGGAGUGCCAAUGAUUUUAUUUUCCAAUGGCAAUGCUUAUUCUUAUUCCGAGCAGUUGCAAUCGUGGCUUGUACUUAGCACUAAGGAUCCUAUAAUCCGACAUGGACUACAAACAACAAUCCCUAAGGAUUUUCAGAAAAAUUACUUUUCGUAUCCACUUAUCUCGACUCAAGCUGCAACCAACACAUUUGCUACCAAGAGCACAUCCGUGGACAUGAAUAUAAAUGACUGGCAAUCUAGUGCGAAAAUAAGCUUCAUAGAAAACCAGAUUAUGCUAUCGGAAGCCAUCAACUCCUCUCACGAGUUGAUAUUCUGGUACAAUAUGUACGCGUAUCAGCUGGCAAUAAGUGGAACGGAGCAAAAUUUACGAUUACUACUUGAUGAUUUGCUGGGUCCGUCGCCCCUAAACGUUACACACGAACACAAUAUAUUGUCUGUGCCAAAGCACCAACUGCUGGCAAAUGUACUGGAUGUACUUAAAACGCACAUAAAGUGGCAACGCUUAUACAUGGAAUACAAUGAGCUGUUCCAGUUUUGUUCCAAGGCGAGAACUGUUGUCGCUAGUAUGGAUACCGAUGCCGUUAUGGCAAUACCACAAAUAAAUGCAGAGACGGAAUCAUGUGCUUCGAAGCCAGAGGAGAAUAGUGCUUCGAUAUAGGCUCUAAGAUGCCACUGUUAUUAAAAGUUUAAUGCAAGAAAAACUAACGACUGCCCAAAAGUUAAAUAGUAUUUAAAUUGCUUUUUUCAACAGGCAUGUGGACGUUUUUUAUUGUAUAUAUAUAAAAAUAUAAUUUAUAAAAAUAGAAACAAAAAUUAAA